AAAUCCUUGCGUUAUAAAAGGCGAUGUGCACCGAGGCUACAUCAGUCUCAAGCCUGCAGAAGCCUUGAGAUAUAGUGAAGAUGGCCAAGCUCAUACAAAAGCUGUUUGCUGCCUUUUUAGCGCUGGCGUUCAUCUCUGUUGCAAUGGCAGAGUAUGCAGAAGAAGAUCAAGAAGCAGGCGGAGUAAAGCUGAGAGUUCGUCGUUGGUUCAGCAAUAAAGCCCGAUGCGGUAGACGCACAUACAACCCACGAUUUAGUAUGUGCUGCAGAGGACAGAUCAGGCGAAAGAGCGGGAUCAGUCCCGCGUGUUGCGGAACCCGAAACUACGACGCGCGUUUCAGCAUGUGCUGUGGUGGGCAGAUCAGGCGAAAGAGCGGGAUCAGUCCCGCGUGUUGCGGGACCCGAAACUACGACGCGCGUUUCAGCAUGUGCUGUGGUGGGCAGAUCAGGCGAAAGAGCGGGAUCAGUCCCGCGUGUUGCGGGACCCGAAACUACGACGCGCGUUUCAGCAUGUGCUGUGGUGGGCAGAUCAGGCGAAAGAGCGGGAUCAGUCCCGCGUGUUGCGGGACUCGAAACUACGACGCGCGUUUCAGCAUGUGCUGUGGUGGGCAGAUUAGGCGAAAGAGCGGGAUCAGUCCCGCGUGUUGCGGGACCCGAAACUACGACGCGCGUUUCAGCAUGUGCUGUGGUAAGCAGAUCAGGCGAAAAAGCGGGAUCAGUCCCGCGUGUUGCGGGACCUUGGUAUAUGACGCUCGAUUUAAAAGAUGUUGCGGAUACAACAGAGUUUGCAACAGAGGCUAAAAUAACUAGUAAACAAGCCCUUUUGUGUACUAUCUACUAUAUAUUAUGUACUAUUAUACAAUGUAGCUCUAUAACAUAAAUAGUGUAACUUUUUCCGUGUAAAUAUUGGCUGAGAUCGGUAAUCUAAAAAGUAAGAAAGAAAGAGCUUUUGCCGCAAUAAAAUCAUAAAAUAAAUACA